AUGAUAAAUAAUAACUCGUUUUUAACUUCAAAUCAAAAUUUUUCUAAUUUUUUGUUUGGUCUGAUUAUUGGAGCAAUUGGCUCAGCACUUAUUUUGUUUAGUCAAUUUUCUGACUUUCAAAUUCAAUUUUUGCAAUUUAAAUGGCUAAAAACUGAAAAUGUUGAUUUAUCAAAAUAUUCUAAAAAUGCAAAUAUUUUUUGUUGGAUUAUGACAACUCCAAAAUAUCAUCGUGAAAGGGCUGAUUACGUAGAGGCAACGUGGGCACCACAUUGUGAUAAACAUUUAUUUAUGAGUACUAAAAAGGACAAUAAAUUACCUAUUGUGAAUUUAUCUGUGCCUGAAGGGAGAGAAUUUCUUUGGUCAAAAUUUGAAUGGUUCUUAAAGGCGGAUGACGAUACUUUUGUUAUUGUGGAAAAUUUAAGAAAAUUAUUAGAAAAAUAUUCAGCAGAUUCUUUCGUUUAUUUUGGGGCUAUCUUUCAUUUUAUGGAUGCCUCUCUUGGCCAAACAUAUCCAAGUGGAGGUGCUGGUUACGUCUUAAGUAGAGCGGCUCUUCGUAAAUUUGUUGAAAUAGGUCUACGUGGCGAUAAAUUGUGUGACUCAAAAGAGAUUUAUGAAGAUUUAGAAAUUGGUAGUUGUAUGAGAAAAUUAAAUAUUUCUUUAAUAGAUUCUAGAGAUUCUAAAGGAAGACAUAGAUUCAUUCCAGUCUCUCCAGAUAAUUCACUUAUUAAAUUGCCAGAUGAUGAUUAUUAUAAUUGGGUAAAAAGCUAUAGCAAAUUUCCUUAUAAAUCGGGCCGUAAUUGCUGCUCAGAUAGUGCAAUCUCUUUCCAUUACAUAGAUCCUAAAAUGAUGCGUAUAAUGAAUUAUUUAAUUUAUAAUUUAAAUGUAGGCCAUACUAAGGAUUAA